AUGAGCGACCUAAACUGAACGCAUGAGCAUAUGACGGCGCCAGUCCUUUGACCCCAUUUUGGACAUCGCAGUACUGUUUUAUACAGCUACUUGCUAAUGUUGACCAAUUAGCUAUUGCUUUAAUUUGUUGACCGGCCAGAGACACUAUCAUUGCUGGCUAGCUUCCCGACUCAUCUGCCUAGUGGGUCUUAUUUCCUUAGCUGGAUCUUGACAUUGUUCAAGUUGUGGUUGCUAACUAGCUAGCAGCAGGGCCCAUUUUCGAUGCAGAUUGCUUGUUUCGGGAAACUUGCAUUUUCUCGUUGACUCAAUUACCACAGAUACAAUUGAUUAUUCGCCGAGCCUAGGUACUGAGUUGAUUGUCCAUAGUGUCCUUCGGACAAAUGGAUGGCGAAGAGGACGAAUUCUUCUCCGGGAACCACUCUGAUGGUGGUGGCACCCCGGUACAGGACGAACAUGCUCCUGGUUCAGAUGGGGAAGAGGAGAUGAGGAAUGAGCCACGCCACUCUGAGGAUGAGAAUGAUGAUGAGGGAGAUGCUCAGGCCAUGGAGACAAACGGCGUGGCCAGUGGGUCAGACAACAAGUGCCCUGAAGGGGCGGACAGGGACUCUGAAGGGGAGGCCCCUGGGCCUGCAGACAGCGAUAACAAGGAGGAGUCCCCGCCCAAACGGGGAGGCAGCACCUCCGACAUAGAGGAGUCCCCGCCCAAACGGGGAGGCAGCACCUCCGACAUAGAGGAGUCCCCGCCCAAACGGGGAGGCAGCACCUCCGACAUAGAGGAGUCCCCGCCCAAACGGGGAGGCAGCACCUCCGACAUAGAGGAGUCCCCGCCCAAACGGGGAGGCAGCACCUCCGACAUAGAGGAGUCCCCGCCCAAACGGGGAGGCAGCACCUCCGACAUAGAGGAGUCCCCGCCCAAACGGGGAGGCAGCACCUCCGACAUAGAGGAGUCCCCGCCCAAACGGGGAGGCAGCACCUCCGACAUAGAGGAGUCCCCGCCCAAACGCGGAGGCAGCACCUCCGACAUAGAGGAGUCCCCGCCCAAACGCGGAGGCAGCACCUCCGACAUGGAGGAGUCCCGGCCCAAACGGGGAGGCAGCACCUCCGACAUGGAGGAGUCCCGGCUCAUACGCGGAGGCAGCACCUCCGACAUGGAGGAGUCCCUGCCCAUACGCGGAGGCAGCACCUCCGACAUGGAGGAGAAAGAAACCAAACGGGAUGCAGCCGGGAGCGACUCUGAGAACGAGAAUCGCCCCCCAGCCCGGAGCAGACACUCGUCUGCACGCAGUGACUCUGAGAUUGAGACGCCCAAACACAAAGCCCAGAUAGAGUCUGAUGGAGAGGAGGGCGGCAAGAAUAAAGGGAAGUGGAAGGCUGUAAUGCACUCCGACAGUGAGGAUGAGGUGGUGGCUCGGCCAGCGAAAGCAGCUGCAGGCAGUGACCAGGAGAAGGAGAGUCCCGCAAAACUGGUGGGGGAAGUUAGUGAGGAUGACGACGAGAUGCCAAUGAAGAGGAAGAAAGCCAUCCUGUCAGACAGUGAAGGUGAGGAGGAGAAGGCUGACGAACCAGUGGUGAAGAAGAGCCGCGCUGUGUCUGACGAUGACAACUCUGACAGUGACGCAGGCUCGGAGGCGCCCGACAAAACCAUGGCCAAACUGCGGGAACUGGGAUCAGAAAGCGAAGACGAGGAUGAUGGACAGAAGGUGGAAGGAGGGAAGAAGGACGAGAAAACACUGUUUGGUAGCGACAGCGAUUCAGGCGACGAGGAAGAGAAAAUGAUUGCAGACAUUUUUGGUGACUCUGGCGAUGAAGAGGGGGAAGAGUUUACGGGUUUCAAUCAGGAGGAUCUGGAGGGGGAUAAGAGCCAAUCUCAGGCCUCUGCGAAGAAAGCAAUGGCAGAUGACUCUGACUCUGAUGAGGGCGUGGACAGGGGUGGUGGCCAAGACACCAGUUUCAUGUCGGACUUCGACGUGAUGCUGGCUCGUAAGAAGGCCCAGAGCGGGAAGCGCCGACGGAACCGCGACGGGGGAACGUUCAUCAGUGAUGCUGAUGACGUUGUCAGCGCUAUGAUCACCAAGAUGACAGAAGCUGCAGAGGAGGACAGAACACUGAACGCUCAGAAGAAGCCAGCGUUAAAAAAGCUGACCCUCCUCCCCACUGUAGUUAUGCACCUAAAAAAGCAAGACCUUAAGGAGACGUUCAUCGACAGUGGGGUGAUGUCGGCUAUCAAGGAGUGGAUCGGCCCAUUGCCAGAUAAGAGUCUUCCGGCACUCAAAAUCAGAGAGGAUCUCCUCAAGAUCCUCCAGGAACUCCCCAGUGUGAGUCAGGAGACUCUCAAACACAGCGGGAUAGGUCGAGCCGUCAUGUUCCUAUACAAACACCCCAAGGAGUCGCGCCCCAACAAGGACCUCGCUCUCAAACUCAUCAAUGAGUGGUCCAGGCCCAUCUUUGGCCUGACAUCUAACUACAAGGGCAUGACGCGCGAGGAGAGACAACAGAGAGACCUCGACCAGCAAAUGCCGCAAAAAAGACGCCUCAGUCAGCCCCAAAAGGUGGAGAGGUCCAAGGAACCGGAUGUCUUCUCCCCGCAGCAACUCAGCUCAGGGGGACAGACUCCUCAUAGAGACCUGGAGAAAGUGCUGACGGGAGAAGAGAAAGCUCUGCGCCCAGGCGACCCUGGGUUCUGUGCCCGGGCCAGGGUGCCCAUGCCAUCCAACAAGGACUACGUUGUGCGGCCCAAAUGGAACGUGGAGAGCGAGUCCAGAGCAACGAGCAUUAAGAAAGGGAUAAGCCGAUUGGAAAAGCACAAGCGUCGCAUCGCCCAGCAGAGGUCACAGCGGCGCAUCACAGCGGUGAAGAUCAAUGUGGAUGGCAAUGGCAUGCCCCUGUAAUUCCUACUGUCACCACACGGGGCAGCCCCGGUUAAGAAGGGCAUGUCACGGGUGGACAAACAGUUGCGUCGCUUCGCUGACAUAAAGCGUAUGACGAAGACGGGCCACGCGGUGAAGAUCAGCGUCCAAGGCAACCGGAUGCCCCUCUAAUUUAAAUGUUCUCUUUUUUUUCUUUUUCUUUUUUUACCUUUUUCGGCUAGGUUGAAAGCAUAGCUUUCAAUACAUAGCUUUUACUAAUCUAAUAAUAUCAGAGGUGUGAUUAUUCCAAGGAAGGAAGGGAGGAUGGAAGGAUGCAAUUAUUUAAAUAAUUUGAUUAGGGCCCGGAUCCCAGUUCUGUGUGCUUUAGCCAACUCCUCUAACUUGACGAUGGUGCAUGACGAUGGUCAAAGCGGUUUGUUGAAGCACAUAGAUGAGACCAUGCUAUCGUCAAACCCCCUCAGGCCAGCCUGAAUGUAUGAUAGUGGUGUGGCUUCACCGUCUGGUUGGCUUUCGGUCCUCUAGAGAUUCAAUACGGAGUGUGGAAGAUUGUUGUUUAUAGCACGAUUUUAAGGUAAUUUCCAGUUGUGUCGACAUGCAGCGUAUACUUAACGUUGGCCUUAAAUUUCUAUAGCGCAGAUUUUCCAUGCUCUGUAUUGAAUGUACAUUAGGCCUUUGUUUUACUUUGUUUCUGAAGAAGCUGUACAGACGUAGGAGCUGCCUGUAUGUCUUGACUGUGUGCCGGUUGUUUCCGAAGUUACUUUCAUAAUAAAGAGGGUUUCACCAGA